CGGCGACGGACCCGAUCGUGUCGUGGAGCGAGGGGAGGAACAGCUUCAUCGUCUGGGACGCCCACCAGUUCGCCGCCACCCUUCUCCCCAAGCACUUCAAGCACGGCAACUUCUCCAGCUUCAUCCGGCAGCUCAACACCUACGGUGUGUUCGAUGAGUAUGGUACUGCAAGUUUUAGUAAAGACCAAAACUUGGAGAAUUCUUAGGAUCUUUAGCGUUGUUCAUCGAAAGAGCAGGCCGAAUCGAGUGGGUUUUCGCAUAUGCCUGCGGCCUCUCUGUCGAAGUCGUUAUGAAGCAUGUCUGUCGUUAGGUGCUUUUUGGUCUGUUGACGAUUAUGCUGGUAAUUUCGGAUGAUACGUCGGCGCGUGUCCUGGGUUCUGCUAAUCGUGCCGACCGAUGUUUGGUUCUCUACCUGAUCAUCAUCCGGAAAAGAAGUUGUUCUUGAGAUUUGACUCGAAUUUUGACGGUUUCAGGAAGGUGGAUCCGGAUCGGUGGGAGUUUGCCAACGAAGGGUUCUUAGGAGGGCAGAGACACCUCCUGAAGACCAUCAAGAGGAGGCGGAACGUCUUGCAUAGCCCACGCCAGCCAGGAGGAGCAUGCGUCGAACUGGGUCAUUAUGGGCUCGACAGCGAGCUGGAGAGGUUGAGGAGAGACAGGGGCUUGCUGGUGGCCGAGGUUGCAAGAUUGAGGCAGCAGCAGGAGCAGUCGAGGGACCAUAUCUUUGCGAUGGAGCAACGGAUACAGCGUACUGAGAGGAAGCAACAGCAGAUGUUGGCUUUCCUCGCUAAAGCGUGCAAUAACCCGUCCUUCAUUCGGCAACUCAUGCAGAGAAAUGCUCGUGGAAGGGAUAUCAGAGGAGUUGAAAUUGGACACAAGCGCCGGCUGACUGCUACACCAAGCCUGGAGAAUCUGCAAGAUGAGGACACGGUGGCUGCUCUAGGCCGUGGUGGAGCAGGAGAUAGUGCGAUCCCCAUGCAAGAGGAAAUGGUCACCUUGGAGUCAGAAAUGCAGACAAUGUUUUCGGCUGCCUUGGAUGACGAAUCAAGCAGCGACGUGAACGAACUGAGUGCAGCUCCAGUUCUUGCUACAAGAGGUGGCAACACGGAUGCUGUCAAUCAGACGAUCCUGGAAGAAUUGCUGAGUGAAGAUCUGAUGACUGGGAAUCCGGAGGAAGAAAUAUUGGUUGGCGACCGGCCUGAAAUCGACAUGGAGGCCGAGGAUCUCGUGCCCGGGCGAAGGAAUGCCAGCGAGGAAUCACAAGACUUAUCUCAACUUGAAGCCGUGACUCCGUCCAGCUCAUUACGGCAGGAUAAAUUCAUGGAAGAGUGGUGAGAGGCUGUGUCAAACAGAUUAGAUAACAGGGUCUACUUAGUUCAUCAUGGCUAGGUACUUCAGCCGGCUAAGGUUUUGUAAUAGCAGUUGGCACAGGUAGUUGUAUGUAUCGUACAGAGUGCUGAUGUAAAGGAGUAUGUAAAGAUUAUAACUUGGGAAUACCAAUUUGGGAGUUGAAGAUAGAAGACAGGAGGAUCGAUUCACUUGUGUUGUAAAAGAUACGCCAAACUGAUGAAGGCCAAAGCUGAGAGAGAAUCAUCAAAAGGGAGAAAUGUAAAAUGCCCCCGCUUUCAGCGAUCGUCGGUUAACGUCGUUCCAAACUGCAUCCGAUGCUGUGGAGCAUCGUUUUGUGGAAGGAGACGAAACAGGCAAUGAAGGAAUAUUUAUCCUUGGAUUGCUUUCCCGAACGAGAUGAUUCCCACGCAUGAAGACACAUUAGGGAAUCUCUUCUGGAAGUAUUGCUGAACAACAGUAGGGAUCCAAUGUAUUGCAGAGGAGCUAAGAAGUGUCCAAAACCUGCUUCCUAUGUCCUGGUUCUGUUCCUUCUAGAGUCUCUACCUCCUUAUAAAUUGCCUUAAGGGGAUUUUGUUAUUCCAAAUGUGUAAGGUGCUGAGAGGGACAAGGAAAGGAGGAAACAUUACGAACGUUUAAUGUGGACCUGAGGUGAAGAAUCUGGAUUAUUUAACAAA